UACCUGAUCAAUUGAAGCGAUGCGCUCGUCAAUUGAUUGCCAGCUGUAGCCGAUCGAGAUAGCAGCACAUGAUGCAGUUUGUCAGUGUACACUCACUACACUGAGCUGAGGGUGCACUCUUUCCACCCGCUGCUGAGCACGUGAACAGACACUCGCACCAGAACGUGAACAAACACUCACACCAGCAACCUUCUACGUGAAUCAUAGAGCUGCAACAUCGAUGCAAGCGUAAUUCAGCUCUGUAUGUACCCCACAACGCGGGCGUCGACCACCUGGACAUCUCAAAGUUGCUUCGAAAAUUUGGGCUCCCCAUCUCGCCUCCAGACUACCAAGUACCUUUGCACCCCCCAUACAACAUCGCUGCCAUCAUGUAUCUUCUCCGCCGCUCCGCCGUCCGCGCCAUCAGCGCAACGCCCUCCAAGGCCUUCCUCACAGCGCCCCGUUCCAUCUCCACAUUCACUCCUGCUUUCCGCACACAGCAGAAGUGGACCGUCUCCGCUUUCCAGAGGCGAUUUGCCAGUGACGAUGUCGUGACCAAGGAGGAGGUCGCCGCGGAGGCGCCCGAGGACUUUGCCCAGACCAUCGCUGAGCCCAUCACCGAGGACGGCCUGACCCCGGUGCAGCAGGACGCACAGGCUGAGCCCACCAAUGCCGAGAAGACGAUCGGCAUCGAUGCGCUGCAGGCCGCUGCCAACUCGGCCGACAAGCCCCAGAGGGGCCAGCGCCGCGAGCAGAGUCAGGCGCCGCCCAACAACACCGUCUACGUCGGCAACCUGUACUACGAGGUCACUGCCGACCAGGUCAAGCGCGUCUUCUCGCGCUUCGGUGAGAUCGAGAACGUCAAGCUUGUCUUCGACAACAGGGGUCUGAGCAGAGGAUUCGGAUACGUCGAGUUCAAGAACAUCGAGGACGCCAAGACGGCCAUCGAAAACCUCGACAUGCAGGUUUUCGAGGGCCGCAACCUUGUCUGCCAGUUCCACAAGGCCAAGACCAACUCAAAGACUUUCAGCGCGGGCGCCUACCAGCCCAACGCCCCGACCAAGACUCUCUUUAUCGGCAACAUGUCGUUUGAGAUGUCCGACAAGGACCUGAACGACCUCUUCCGCGACAUUCGCAACGUGGUCGACGUCCGCGUCGCCAUCGACCGCAGGACCGGCCAGCCCCGAGGCUUCGCCCACGCCGACUUCAUCGACGUUGCCAGCGCCACCGCGGCCAAGGAGAUCCUCAAGGAGAAGACCAUCUACGGCAGGCAGCUCCGCAUCGACUUCAGCAAGUCCAGCGAGAGCAGGCCCUCCAGGAACGACUCGGCGCAGGGUCGCGAUCGCGAGUAGAGUGUGGCAUUUGCAUUACGAGUUCAAAAUCAUGACUGGCGGAGGCGUCGGCACUUCCAUCUUCUACCCUGUUCUUCCAUAUUGUGUUGAUAGCUAGGCGCGCAUGUACCAUAGUAGAGGAGUGUUUGGCGUUUGUCACCUUGUUCUACUGUACAUGAGGGGUUGUAUACCAUUAAAUGAGCCUAACACAAUCUCCUGACACAAUCUUAUAAGAAAUACAUGACUCUUGAAGUACUGA